CUGACUGGCCAGCUCCCGUGUCGCCUGCAAGCCCACUACGCCUUCCGCUCUGGUCUGCGUUUGCACUUCGUAAAGCACGUCAAUAACGAGAGCAUGGUGGAGAGGCCAUCAACCACAAGGUUCUGUGGAGUGCCAGACUGCUACGCUGGCCUGCCGGCGCGCUACACGUGUGCCGCAUAUGAAACGUGUGAAUGCAGAUGUGCGCAAAAUGUGGACAGCGUCUGCUCGGUAAUGGGCCGCGCUGCCUGCAAGUGGUGAUUUCGUUUGGUGGCUCGCGUGCCCGCAAUGUCCAAGCGCGCCAACACUGAGGGCGGGACUGUGUGGGUAAGCCUGGCACAGGUACUGCAGGGCCGCGACGUCAACUCUGCGACGAACAUGUGGCACGCGCUGAUGGAGUGCUGCUUGGUAGAGCGCGGCCUGCGGCCCUGCGCCUUGGUAGAGCGCGGCCUGCGGCCCUGCGCCUUGGUAGAGCGCGGCCUGCGGCCCUGCGCCGCGGUGGUGGCAGCGGCGGUGGUGGUGGAGGGCCUGGCCCCACCAGCAGCAGCAGCAGCAGCACCAGCAGCAGCGGCGGCAGCGGCAGCAGCACCAGCAGUGGCGCAGGGCCUGGCGACAGCGGCCCUGGGCCCAGCAGUUGCGGCGUGCAUGUCCAUACAUAGCGGAGGGGGCGAGCAAGGCCACGUGGAGGAGGAGAGCGCUGGCGUCGCCCAAAGAAGCGGCGCCGGCGCGCAGGUUGAGGCCGGGCGGUGUCUAGUUAGAGUCUUUGCUGGCGAGGAUAGCACAGCACAGUAUAUGGUAGGCUGCACGCAGCAGUGAGGAUGUUGUGGCUAGAGGAUCCCCCGCUGUUCGGUUUGCUGCCUGCUGUGCUUGCGCUUGAUAGUUGGAUGCGACUGGACGCAUGGCGGGCCGUGCCUGUACGAUCCGACCCUGGCUAUGUCCAGGAGAUGAGGUAGACGCUUGCGGCCUCAGACUGGAGGCGUGGCGUGGGCUCAGCCCACUUUUCCCUUGCGAGGGGAGCCACAUAUCUUGUCCCAUCGUUCCGCAAGGCGUCCGGAUGGGUUCUGUGUGUGGGCGGAACGGUAGUUCUAUGGCGCGCUGAGGUCAGGGGUUCUAAUCCUGGAGGAUUUUCGGUCGAACAUCUGUUGCUGUCGCAUGAGGGUCUGGUCAUGAAGUUGACUCAUGCGAGUUGGCUAUGGCGAUACCCUAGCGGAGGGGGUAAGCGCGACAGAAAAGCCACUGCCACAGAGACAAGAUAUGUGGUUCCCCUCGCAAGGCGCCAGUAUGGUGUUUUUUUUGCAGACGCACGUGGGCACGCAGGCACGCAGCAGGCAAGCAGGCACGCAGGCGGCACGGACGGACAAGCGCAAUCCUGGGGGGCUUAGCCCCCCCCUGAAUCGCUGCGCUCGGGGUGCUCAGCCCAGAAAGCCACGACAAGUGUACUCUCGAACGAAGAGGA